AUGACUUGUUUCCCACGUGAUGGUCUACCGCCUCAUCGUGGCGCGGGGGUGACUCUGGGUGUCGAACUGCGAAGUACAGCGGAGGUUUCUAGGAGAGUCACCCAAGCUGAGAAGGAGUUCGACGUUUCCGGUUCCCCGGAUGCCCAGCUAACAGUAGGCCAUGGCAGAAGCACCACCGUCUGGCUGAUUCAGUCGCCAGGUUGCUCCCUGAUCCACCUAAGGUCAGCGAUUGCAUGUAGUGAAAGCCUGGCAGGGCUCUGGAAGGUACUGCUAAUGUUUGGGAAGAUAUCCUUUACUCAUUGCUUGUACAACAUGUAA